AAAAUAGUCAAAUAGAUUCAGCUACGCGUCGGAAUAACCUCAAUAUUAGCAAACCAAAACUCACACUCCCACACACACACUCGCCGGCUCUUCAGCGAGAGACACAGAGACACACAAAGAGUGAGAGAUACAUAGAUAUGAGCACGUUGAUGAGAGCAACGCACACAUUCACCAAGCUUUUAUCGCCUUCUUCGCAUUCCUUUUCUCUUCGACCCUCUGCUUCUCUCCUCACUCGCCACCAGAUGAGUACGGAGGCUGAGAAUGUUAUUGCUCGGCUCAAGAAUUCGGGCUUGUUACGAAGCCAAGGCCUCAUUGCUGGGAAAUGGGUUGAUGCCCAUGACAGAAAAACUAUCAAGGUUUGCAAUCCAGCAACUGGUGAAGUUAUAGUAGAUGUCCCAUGCAUGGGUCAGAAGGAGACAAAUGAUGCGAUAUCUUCAGCAUAUGAGGCAUUUUAUUCUUGGAGCAAACUGACAGCUACCGAAAGGAGCAAAUAUCUAAGGAAAUGGUAUGAUCUACUAAUUGCCCAUAAAGAAGAUCUUGGACAGCUUAUAACCUUAGAGCAAGGAAAACCUCUGAAAGAAUCCCUGGGUGAGGUUAGCUAUGGGGCUGGUUUUAUUGAGUUCUCUGCGGAGGAAGCCAAACGUAUAUAUGGUGAUAUAAUUCCGGCAACUCUGCCUGAUCGUAGAUUGUUUGUUUUAAAGCAGCCUGUAGGUGUUGUUGGUGCAAUUACACCUUGGAACUUUCCCUUGGCUAUGAUUACUCGAAAGGUUGGUCCUGCACUUGCAUGUGGCUGUACAGUAGUCAUAAAACCCUCUGAACUCACACCCCUCACAGCUUUAGCAGCGGCUGAGCUCUCUCUUCAGGCCGGAAUACCACCAGGAGUUGUCAAUGUGGUUAUGGGAAAUGCUGCUGAUAUUGGGGAUGCUUUACUUGCGAGUACACAGGUAAGAAAGAUCACUUUCACGGGUUCAACAGCAGUUGGAAAGAAGUUGAUGGCAGGUGCUGCUGGGACAGUUAAAAGGGUAUCUCUGGAACUUGGUGGCAAUGCACCCUGCAUAGUCUUUGAUGAUGCAGACCUGGAUGUGGCAGUAAAAGGAGCUCUAGCAGCAAAGUUCCGUAAUAGUGGACAAACAUGUGUUUGUGCAAAUAGAGUUCUUGUGCAAGAAGGUAUCUAUGAGAAAUUUGCAAAUGCUUUUUCAAAAGCUGUCCAGAAUCUCCAAGUUGGUGAUGGCUUCAUUGAGGGUGUGGCCCAGGGUCCUUUAAUCAAUGAAGCUGCAGUACAGAAGGUUGAAUCAUUUAUUAAAGAUGCAAUCUCAAAGGGAGCAAAAGUCCUACUCGGAGGUAAAAGACAUAGUCUUGGUAUGACUUUUUAUGAGCCUACAGUUAUUGGUGAUGUCAAGAGCGACAUGCUCCUAUCAAGAGAGGAAGUAUUUGGACCUGUGGCACCCUUAUUGCUGUUUAAAACAGAGGAAGAAGCUAUUCGCCUUGCUAAUGACACCAAUGCAGGUUUGGCUGCUUACAUAUUUACAAACAGCAUACAACGUUCGUGGCGUGUGUCUGAGGCUCUUGAAUAUGGACUUGUUGGUAUCAAUGAAGGCAUAAUUUCUACAGAGGUUGCUCCAUUUGGAGGUGUCAAGCAGUCCGGUCUUGGAAGGGAAGGUUCCAAGUAUGGGAUGGACGAAUACCUGGAAAUGAAAUAUGUGUGCUUGGGGAAUAUGAACAGCAAUUAAUAUGAAAGGGCUCUGCUUGGACUGUUGUCAAUGUAGCACAUGUUGGAGCCUUGACAGUGACACUGCUGCUGUUAAGCUUAAGUUGCAGACAGCCUGCAGGAACAGUGCAAUAUCAACAGUAAAAGAUGAGCAAGAUUUAAAUACUAUGCAUGUAUCUAAAAUAAGCGUAGGCUUGUCAAGGAUUAAGUUGAGUUAAAUUAUACAUUGGUGGUCAAUAUUGUUAACCCCACUCUUUUCUUGAAGGUUGGUUGACAAUAUUACCUUCCCGCAAAUACCGGUGCAUUUUUAUAUCUUGUCAAUAAAACAGUUUUGGCUGCACAAUUGAGUUUUGGCAAAAUAAACAUGUGAAUCUUGUGUGUUAACCCGUUUAAGUAAAUUACAAGUGAAUGUUAUCUA